AUGGAUUGGAAAACACUGCAGGCACUGCUCAGCGGGGUCAACAAGUACUCCACAGCCUUUGGCCGCAUCUGGCUCUCCGUGGUCUUCGUCUUCCGCGUCCUGGUCUACGUGGUGGCGGCAGAGCGCGUGUGGGGGGACGAGCAGAAGGACUUUGACUGCAACACGCGACAACCAGGCUGCACCAACGUCUGCUAUGACUACUUCUUCCCCAUUUCCCACAUCCGCCUCUGGGCCCUGCAGCUCAUCUUCGUCACUUGUCCUUCCCUCCUGGUCAUCAUGCACGUGGCCUACCGCGAGGACCGCGAGAAGAAGAACCGGGAGAAGAACGGGGAGAACUGCCCCAAGCUCUACAGCAACACGGGCAAGAAGCACGGCGGGCUGUGGUGGACCUACCUGCUCAGCCUCUUCUUCAAGCUUAUCAUAGAGAUCCUGUUCCUCUACCUCCUCCACAAGAUGUGGGACAGCUUCGACUUGCCACGGCUGGUCAAGUGCACCAACCUGGAUCCCUGCCCCAACACCGUGGACUGCUACAUCGCUCGGCCAACCGAGAAAAGGGUCUUCAGCUAUUUCAUGGUUGGAGCCUCCUCCAUCUGCAUCAUCCUCACCGUCUGUGAGAUCUUCUACCUCAUCUUCAAGCGAGUUGUCCGGAGUGCACGGAAGUGGAAGAAAUCCACCAAGCGCUCCGUCAGCUACAGCAAGGCCUCCACCUGCCACUGCCACCUCAAGUCGGAGGAGAAGGACAACAAGUCCCAGACUAGAGGAGAGGAGCUGUGAGCUCACCCGUCCCAGCUGGUUCACAUUCCCCUUGGCCUAGCAGCUUUUCCAGCCACCCCUGAACCCUCAAGAGUCAACCUGUGUGAAAAGUGACUAAACCCAACAGCU